AUGGCCGAGUCGCGAGAGUCGCAGCAUUCUCUCCUAUCUUCUGGACAGCCCAUGGGCACUCGACCCCCACGUUCAUGGCAUCCACUAGGUCGCUCGUCGCCUGAGUUGGAGGAUUCGUAUUAUUAUCCCCCGCCGCGUCGGAGCUCCUCUGAUGAGGCUUUUCGGGAGGUGGGCUUGGGGAUCACGAAUUCCAGGGGGGACAAGAUCCCAGCUCAUCAAAGACACGAUUCGGUAGCAAGCACAAGCACGGUUGCCAAUUCGCCCCAGAAGUCUCUACCCCCGCGCGGCAAUUGUCCGAACCGUUCGAAUGUUCUUCAGAAACGGUUGUCAUGGGUUCCGAUGACCAUUCUGGUUUUGUCGCUGUAUGCCACGGUCUUCUCUGGGAUUUAUCUUGCUAUUGCGCUGUGGAAGCCAAGAUGGAAGCGGAUUGCGAGUGAUGGGCCACUUGCGCCGUCAACUGCGAGUUUACUAAGUUCCUUCUUUGCAAAGACAAUUGAGUUGUCCUACGUCACCGUCUGCGUCGCAUUCCUGGGACAAGUCCUCAGUCGGCGCGCGUUGAUGGGAAAUUCGCGGGGUAUCUCGAUUUCAGAUAUGAGUAUGCGAGCAUGGAUUAUGCAGCCUGGCUCCAUGAUCGUGCACUGGGAGACGUUGCGGUACUCUGGGCUCACCCUUCUUGGGUCCAUUGCGCUCAUUGCGACCUUUGUCGCGAUGCUGUAUACCACUGCUGCCCAAGCCUUAGUGUCGCCAAAGCUUUCCCUUGGACCGGUCGAACCAACAACACUAUGGGGCAAAGUAUCUGCCAGCUGGGGCAACAGCGAAUUCCUGGGAUUGCACUGCCGUACUCCCAUCUCCAUGUCAACAGACCCGGAGUACCGAAACACGACGUGUCUGCAGAUGGAGCAUGUCGGGCAGGCAUACCACAACUAUCGGCAGUGGAUCACACACUGGAGCAACCUCGUGCAUGGCAGCAACAAAACAUCCGACAAACUGAAAUCGCGGCCACAUCCGACCGGUUCCCUCUACGACAACACGACCGUGACCGGCAGUUGGAUUGAUGUGGAAAACAUGACGGAACUGUCGAAAAAACAUGGCCGGAUGGUGAACAACAUCACCAUGGCCAUGCCGCAUGGCGGCGUUCUCGCGGCGGCCAUGGAUGCUCGGAACGGCAUUCGUCAACCCCAAGAGGCCUCGGGUGAAGGCAAGUAUAACGUCGAGGCAUCGGUGCCCUCGCCUGCUGUGAAUGUCCUCUGCGUGGGGAUGACAAAACUUGAGCUUUCUCCUCUGGUGUACACGGAAUGGCCGCACACACAAGGGUUUAAUGCGACCACCUGGUACACGGAAACGCCGACCGAUAUCCCACUGCGUCCUUCUUGGCUCAACCGCACUGUUGUUGAUGAUCUAUUCGAGUUCGGUGAGAAAUACGGCCAAAGGCCGCCGGUGUUCGGCAAAUACCCCAAACUACACAACACGCUCCUCAACACGACGGGAUUGUGGCCUGCAAACGCCAUCUUCCUUUUAGGAGCAGCGCCGGCGGGCCUUGGAGAUACCGAGUACGUGAUGUGUGCAGUCAGAGCAAAGCAAACGGGGGCCUGUUCCACGCGAUACAGCGCUGCGUCAAGCGGAGCCUCACUCAGGACAAAAUGCGAGAGCCCCAAGAAUGACCUCCAAUACAAUAACCAGAACAAGCACUUCCAGGAAGGCGUCUGGGAGGCCGACUGGAAAAAUAUUGCCUCGGAAUGGGCCAGCUCGCUGAGUCUGGGGACGGGUAUCACCGACGGAGCGGCAAGCAAUGCACGCCUGCUGAUGCAGUUGAUGCCGGCAUUCAACAAAAAGACCAACACCUUCUCCCUCGACCCUAACCUCCCGUCAAUUGCAGAGGCUCUUGCCGUGAUGUCGGGCAACACACUGAUCCUCAGCUCGCAAGACGCCCCUUUCGUCCAGGGAUGGAACUACACCGGCACACCGAACAAUAUCCUCGCCAAGCCCGUCUACCAAUACUUCCGCGCAUCCGUACAGACAGUCGGGUAUGCAUCCGGCUGGGCAGAGAAGUGGCAAGUAAUCUUCUACGUGAUCCUGGUAUUCGCCUUCGUCACCAGCGCCAUUUGUCUCGCCUUCAUGAUCCUCGAGGCCCGCGGUAGACAAGUCACCGAUUUCACCGAGCCCCAGAACCUCUUCACGCUGGCCAUCAACAGUCCCCAAACCGACCAGUUACAGGGUGCGUGUGGGAGUGGGCCGCAUGGAAGACAAUUCAAGGAACGUUGGCAUAUCGACAUGGAGGAGAACGACGAGCACUACUAUAUCCGGUCCAAGGCUGAUGUCAACACCCCCUACUUGCACUCGUCUGCAUCGAGUCGUUUGGAGCCAUUAAGCAUGGGGGAUCCUCUCGCGAAGCCGGUUAGUCCGGCUGUGGACGAAUUCCGGCGAGUCUCGAAACGGCAUUCUUUUCUGGCGCGACUUUAUUGA